UGCAGGGUGCAGCAGCUGCAUCAAUGACGAAAGAACCGGAAGUGUGAUUUUUUUCGCGGGAGUCUCAGUCCCGCUGUUGUCUUCAAACUCCUUCCAGUGAAUUUUUCUGCCGGAGCUGGUUUUAAAUCAAACUAAAAACUCUGCGGAUCAUUAUUUUAAACUUCGAUCAGGAGAAUAAUCGAAUAAUUUCCGGUCGGAUGCGCGGCUGACAUCAGAGGAACAGGAUGAAAUAUUUCACCAGACAGAGAGUCCGACGGUCCUACGAGUGGAGAGGAGUUCCUCUGAGCUUCAACAGGAAGCUCCAAACACACGAGUAYGGCUCCUUGGCCAUCAGGGUGGAGGGUCUCCUGAAGCCCACCGUCAUCAGAACGGGUCAGCACAUCCUGAUUGAGGGCGAUAACGACGACUGCCCGUACGUGGCCCAAGUCCUGCGUCUGUUUGGAGACGAGCCGAGGAGGAAGAUGAGACCUCCCCUCAGCCGGCGCUGGGCGGASCCUCCAGGAGCUCCAAGAGGAAGUCUGCUCUGAAGGUGUUGUCUCGCAUCAGGAGGCAGCUGAACCUCCUGCAGGGCCAGCAGGGCCUGAGCUCUGAGGAAGAGGAAGAGGAGUUUGUUCUGUCGAAGAAGGAGCUGCAGAGCAGCAGCAGUGAGGAGGAGGAGGAGGAGGAGGAGGAAGGACUGGGGGCAGUGAAGAAGAGCCGCCUCUCCUCUGCGGGGUCCCGAACUCCUCAUUCCAAACAGAAAGCUAGCUCCUCCUCCUUCUCCCGCACGCCGAGGAAGACUCCGAGGAAGACCACACCGGGAACCCCACGGACCCCCCGGAACGCCACGCCCAGCAUCCCCAGCAGGUCUCUGCCAGCCCGACGACCCGCCAACGUCCUGGAGGAGGCCCGGAUCAGGCUCCACGUGUCCCUGGUCCCAGAGUCUCUGCCCUGCAGGGAGCAGGAGUUCCAGGACAUCUACAGCUUCGUGGAGGGCAAGAUCUCUGACGGCACGGGGGGGUGCAUGUACAUCUCAGGUGUGCCGGGGACAGGUAAGACGGCCACGGUCCACGAGGUGAUGCGCUGCCUGCAGCGUGCGGCCGAGGCCGACGAGAUCCCGCCCUUCCUCUUCGUGGAGAUCAACGGGAUGAAGAUGACGGACCCUCAUCAGGCCUACGUUCAGAUCCUGCAGAAACUGACGGGUCAGAAAGGCACGGCCGACCACGCCGCCGCCCUGCUGGACAAACGCUUCAGCACGCCGGCACCCAGGAAGGAGACCACCGUGCUGCUGGUGGACGAGCUGGACCUGCUGUGGACCAGGAAGCAGAACGUCAUGUACAACCUGUUCGACUGGCCCACGCGGCGCCACGCCCGCCUGGUGGUCCUGACCAUCGCCAACACCAUGGACCUGCCCGAGAGAAUCAUGAUCAACAGGGUGGCCAGCAGGCUGGGUCUGACCCGGAUGUCCUUCCAGCCGUACACCUUCAAGCAGCUGCAGCAGAUCAUCACGUCUCGGCUCAACAAGGUGAAGGCCUUUGAGGAGGACGCUCUGCAGCUGGUGUCCAGGAAG